UCGCGGCGGCGGCGGCGGCGAAACGGACUCCGAGUGAGGAGUCCCGAGCGAGCGGCAGCGGUCCCGGCGCCCGCCCGGCGCGCUCAUCUGGAAGAUGCAUUUCAUUUUCUCCAAUGAGGUGGUGCUUCUGUUUGAUUUCUGGAGUGUCCACAGUUCUGCAGGCAUGGCCCUUUCAGUGCUGGUGGUCCUGCUCCUGGCUGUGUUGUAUGAAAGCAUCAAGGUUGGCAAAGCCAAGCUGCUCUACCAGGCCACAGUGGGCAUGUCCAUCCCCACCAGCCAGCUCACUGAGGAGACAGACCAGGAUUCUUCCAGCUCAGACUCACCCCCGGUCAGCAGAAUCCGCCUCAGGUGGUUUUUCUGUCACUUUGGCCAGUCUCUAAUCCAUGUCAUUCAGGUGGUCAUAGGCUACUUCAUGAUGCUGGCUGUCAUGUCGUACAACACGUGGAUCUUCUUCGGCGUGAUUCUCGGCUCUGCUGUGGGCUACUACCUAGCCUACCCGCUUCUUAGCAUGGUUUAGCUGGUGAGGGCUAUGCAGGCACUGGGGGCUGGAGAGAGCUGGGGCCCCCUCUUGCAGACAUUGAACUUCUAGCCCCGUGUCUCCUGUUUCUUCUGAUGGCUGUUCGGCUCCCCUCGCUCCCAGCUCCUGGAGACGUCCUGCUGAAGCCAGCACUUGCUGCCCGGAGUUCGGAGGCCCCUGCAGCUACCUCUGUCCUCAGCCAGCCUGCACGGGGCCUGGACAUGAGCUUUUUGUGCCUUAGUAAAGCUCCUAUGACCUGAGGGAGAAUGGAGAGACCAGAACCUGGGGGCAGGGUUGCUGAGCCCACGAUGACUUAUCUCUGUGACUAAAAAUUAAGAAUUUCCAAAGAUCUUCAAGACGGGGAGAUGGGUUCUGGGUGAUGAAGAGCACGAAAGCUGCAUACCUUCUGCCCUCGUGAUUUGUGCCUUAUAGAGAGGAGCACCUUCCAUUGGACUUCCCGACCUCUUCUGUCUUUGAGGGAUGGAGACCGAGCUGGCUCCUUUUUCUCACCUUCCUGCCUUUGGGACACAUAAUGAUGGUCUGUUCUGUGGAUCACGGUGACAAACUAAGAUUUUUCCUUUUUCCCACUGGACCCCUGGUUCGCAAUUUUGCACAAGAAUACAGAAUUUUUAGCAAAAUGACUUCAUCGGAUUCCUGCUGGAUAGCUGCGUCUGCUGGGAACUGUUUCUCUUUCUUGUGGAGCGUGAUGGCAGGUUCAAGGCUGAGAGGCGGGACUGUUCUCAAGGCCCUUGACCUAUCCUCUGGAUGGUGAGCUGCUCCCAUCAGACAGCACUGCCUGCGGAGGAAGGCAAUCUAGAGGGGCCUGGGGAGCUUUUCAGGACCCCACUGCUCCCUUUUAUCCUGCUCCUCCUUUUAUGCAGAACAGAGAACUGCUGAAUAUCCAGUAUUUUGUAUUCUCUAGUUCUUACCCACUGCUCACCCAUCUCAUCUGGUGGGGAGACACGGUUCAUUCACUGAAAAUACUGGGUAAGGCACGGGGAGUGUUGACUGAGGACGCAGUAAGCAGUCAAACCAAAGCAUUACCCGUAGAGUUAGAUGGGACUCUCCAGAUAGUUCACUUGACAGAGAAGCAAACACAAGACCCAGGGAGGGAACAUCGAGGCUGGAUACUGGAAUGUCUGUGCUCAAGUACCUCAUGGGCUAGGUGAAAGACGGUCUUAAGCUUUGGGAAUUAAAAAAGAAAUAGG